GUGUUGUUUCUAAAGGAGCUGUCACCGCAUUAACUUUGCAGAACGUUGGAGGAGUUUUUUUGGUACUCGGAGUAGGAACUUUUAUGGGUUUAUUGAUGGUUUUUGUCGAGAUAACUUUUAAAUCCUAUAAAAGAUCGAAAAAAGAAGAAACCAAAUUUAAAGAGGAGAUGCGAGAAGAGAUCGAGUUCUUUUUAAAGUUCAAAAAAUCGGUUAAACCGAUUAAAUUCAGUAAUAAUAGCGUUGAAUCUAACGCAGAAACUGUUGAUAACAUGGAUAAUUUUUAUAAUGAAUCACGAUAAUAAAAAAGUUAUAACAAAAAGUACUUAAAAAAAACAUCCUACACUUAUAAUUAAUUUUUUGUUUCGCUUCAGUGUGUUAAUUAACUCGAUUGAAUCAAUCGAAUCAUGUUGUUAUUAUUUUUGUUAUUUCUAAAUUCUUUGCAUGAAAUUAAAUCAUCGAAAUUGCCUAAUUUUAUACAACCAUGUCCGAAUAUGCUUGGGGAAGAAGAUCGUUUAAACGAUUGCCUUCUUUCGCAAACGAAAACCGUUGUUAACACCUUAAAAGAUGGAAGUAAUGAAUUAGAAAUUCCCCCUUUGGACCCGUUGCAAUUGGAUCUUUUACAUUUAUCUUUACACGAUGAUUUCAUUUUUUCUUUACACAAUCUUACAAUUUCCGGUUUAUCCGAUUGUAGUUUUAUGCGGCUUAAGAUUAAUAACACCGAAAAUAAUUUGCAAAUGUCGAUUCAUUUUAAAAAGAUUACAAUCGUGGGGUAUUAUAAGUUAUUAGGAUUUCUUUUUGUAGCGCAAGUUAAUAGUUCUGGUUAUACAUCGAUGGUUUUUGGUGAGAAAAAUCGAUUUUAUUUCUUAAUCUUUAAUUUUUGUGUUUUAGAUGAUGUUAUUUUAAAUGUAAAAAUGCCAAUGAGUACGAUCCAAAGGGAUUCAAUUCCGUAUUUGUUGUUACCAAGAGCUUUCGAUGCAGGAAUCACAUUUUCGGGGGUUUCCGUUGAGUUUGAAAACUUAUUCCCGUCGGAACCUGUUUUAGGAACGAUUGUUAAUAAGUUUAUUAACGAUAAUUUCGAUGAUUUAUUCCAAGUAAUGCGACCGGGCGUUUUGGACGUUCUUAAACACAACCUACACAAAUUAUUCUUUAAAUUGUUAGCUUUUGUCCCUGUAGAUGAGAUAUUUAAGAUGAAAUAAAAAUUGUUUAAAGAUUA